UAAAUAAAGUAGAAGAGAAGGAAAGAAGCUCAGAGAAGUGAUUUAUCCAGAAUGAGCACAUCUGAUGAGCGAGGCAGCUGGAUGGAAGGGCUGGGGUUCGCAAACUCCCAAGCACUGAGAGGGCGGAAUGCCAUCUCGGGAGGCAGGGCUGUAUCUCUGGGCCCUGUUUUACCAAAGCAGUUUUAUCUGAAGAUUUUACUACUGUAGCACGUCCUUAAAGUUCAUCUUGUUUAAUCAUUAAUGUUGGGAAAAUUGUCGCUAUAGGCUAAUGUGUUUUUCUGACCUUAUAUGAGUGUGUUGUCUUUAAUUCUCAAUGCAUUUCUAACCCAAUGUCAUCAGUCUGCAGAAUAUGAAUAAGGCAGUUGGCUCAUUUGUCAAGCUCAUAAGAAAAAAAAAAAAAACAGGAAAAAACCCACAACUCUUUCCUGAGUCAGAUAUGUCCCUUCUUAAAGGAGUGCUGAUCAUCAUCACAUAGAAGUGCCUUCCAAAGGAAGACAAGAAGCACACAAAGAAAUGUGUGGCUUUAUUUAUCUCCUUAAUCUCUUUAAUCAGACCAUAUAUGGGCUCUUAUUUUCUCCUUCUCUCUUAGGUGCAAAGUUUUGUGUAUCAGAGGUAAAAAAACCCCACAUAAAUAACACAGGUGCAGCAUCAAAUACCACAGCGGCCUGCAUGGCGUCUGGGGCCUUCCAGUUCUGGCCAUGGAAGGAGGAGGAGCCGCCUUCUGUUAACGGCAGUCAUUCGGGGCAUUACGCAGGGGAUUAAUUAGCCCAAUUUAUUGUCUCACACAGGUCGAGAAGGUAGAAGCAAAGAAAGAAAUAAUUUUUCCUUUGCUCUGUUGUUUCACAGUUGAUGCCUCAGGGUUACAGUGUGUGGCUGACAUGCGCGAACAUUUACAUUUCUCUCUGCCCAUUUCUUCCCAUUGUGUCAGCAAUGGAUGUGGUGGAAGAUCAAACCAGGCACAGAGAUGCGCUGCCUCCUCGUUUUUCCUGGCUGAGAUUCAGAGGACAAGUUGUUGCUAACCAACAUCAUCUGGCAUUACAGAAGGGAAACCUGUUAACUUAGCUCCCAUUUACCCACAGUCUUCCAUUAAGCAUAAUCUUUAUUCUCUCGAGGCAAGGCCUGCCUUAGACGUAGCUGAGGCAGAGGGAAAAACCUUGUUUCUAAAUAAGACAGCAGUCACUCUUCAGGAGAAGAGUAUGUCAGGUAGCCCCACUUUUCCCACAUCAAACCUACAGCCUGAGCUCCUGGUGGCAUUCUUUCUGCAGAUGGGAUCCUGGGAAUGCUCUGGUAGGAAGCAGCUCCUAGGUCAGCAGGAGCGCUUCGUGUGGGGGCUCUGCGCUGGGGUGAUCUCCAGGCCAGCUGCUGUGUGCUCAGCGGGCGCUGUGCUCCUGCUGCCCUUCCUCUCGGAUCCGUCUGUCUAUCGAGUGCUGCAGCUUUUCCAGGGGGCAGUGGCACAGCGGCUCUGUUAGCUGUGAUGCUCCGCCGAUAAUCCCAGCACUGGGCAGGGUUCCUACAGUGUCACUUUUUAACGUGGUUACGUUUCAUGUUAAUGUUCCUGUAGACAUGCCGGUCAGCAGGCCUUCACUCAGCCUUUUUUUGAGGCAAGAUACAAACUGCCAUUGACCAGAAGAUUAUUUGAGUGCAGCCUGUGGGAUUUUGUCAGUUUUGCGCUCUCCCAGAGGAGUUUUAGAAUCGCCCAUUCCCUGCGAUGGGGUUUAUUUCCAGACCCAUAACUGAGGCAAAGACAGAGCUACUUGGCACUACAAGCACAAGUAGGGGCACCAAAGCCAAGCACGGUUUAGGUUUCUGCAGAGAGCUGGAUAACUCUCCAAACAAACAGCUGUUCUGGAAUCUUCAGCUGUAGGCAUGGAGAGCCCUCUUUGGGGCAGUGACAAAGCCAACCUCUUUGCUUGCCUCAGGCCAGAAAAUGGUGCUGCAGCUCUUGGGAGCUCUGAAUCACACUGUGCCCAUUCUUACGUCUUCCCAUAGGCUUGCUCUCCCUCCACAGGCCCUUGAGGUAUGUAACACCACUGAUGUGGGUUAUAAACCUCAGCUUCUGAAAACAACAGUCGUGUGCUUAAAGAAGUCGCUGUAGCAGGGAUAUACAGCCCCAAGGUGCAUAGCAAAGAGGAGAAGACACCUAACGAAUAGCAAAGGGAUGUGAAGUUAUCUUCCAAGAUGACUCUUCUACCUGGAGAAAAUUCUGAUUAUGACUAUAGUGCCCUGAGCUGUGCUUCAGAUGCUUCCUUCAACCACGCAUUCUUCCCAGAAACAGAAACCCUCAAGGGCGUCUUUUACCAAAGAGCCAAGCUCAUUCACCCUGACGAGGAUCUCCUGAAAGGCUUUCACCCUGAUGAUCGGAAGCGUCAUAUUAUUAUAAACGUAGGGGGCAUUAAGUAUUUGCUCCCAUGGACCACGCUUGAUGAAUUCCCACUGACACGCCUGGGACAACUAAAAUUCUGCAACAAUUUUGAUGACAUCCUAAACAUCUGUGAUGAUUACGAUGUGACAUGUAACGAGUUCUUUUUUGACCGCAACCCAGGAACGUUUAGGACAAUCCUGACCUUUUUGAGGGUUGGAAAACUUCGGCUCCUGCGUGAGAUGUGUGCGCUGUCUUUUCAAGAGGAGCUGCUCUACUGGGGAAUUGAGGAAGACAACUUGGAUUGGUGUUGUAAGAGGAGGUAUCUGCAAAAAAUGGAGGAGCUUACAGAAAUAAAUGAACGGGAGGAUGACCUUAUAGAAAAUGAAACAACAGGUGAAACAGUAGAGGAGACAAAAAUUGGCUUGUGCAUGAAAAAGUUGCAAGACAUGGUAGAAAGACCCCAGUCUGGCCUCCCUGGGAAGGUGUUUGCUUGUUUGUCUGUUUUAUUUGUAACUAUUACAGCAGUGAAUUUGUCCAUCAGCACCAUGCCUGACCUGAGGGAAGAGGAGGAUAAGGGUGAGUGUUCCCAGAUGUGCUACAAUAUUUUCAUUGUGGAAUCUGUCUGUGUGGCGUGGUUUUCACUGGAGUUCCUGCUGAGAUUCAUCCAGGCAAAGAGCAAGUUUGCAUUUCUGAGGAGACCGUUAACUCUGAUAGACAUAAUAGCUAUUUUGCCAUAUUACAUCACUUUGCUGGUAGACACCACUUCGGUGGGCUACAAGAAGCCCAGCUCUGGGAGCAUCUACCUGGACAAAGUCGGUCUGGUCCUCCGAAUACUCCGUGCCUUGAGGAUUCUGUACGUCAUGCGGCUGGCCAGGCACUCCCUGGGGCUGCAGACGCUGGGGCUGACCGCCCGCAGGUGCACCCGGGAGUUCGGGCUCCUGCUGCUCUUCCUCUGCGUGGCCAUCGCACUGUUUGCACCGCUCCUGUACGUCAUUGAGAACGAGAUGGCGGACUCGCAGGAGUUCACCAGCAUCCCCGCGUGCUACUGGUGGGCUGUCAUCACCAUGACCACGGUAGGCUACGGAGAUAUGGUUCCCAGGAGCAUUCCCGGCCAAGUGGUGGCACUGAGCAGCAUACUGAGUGGCAUCCUCCUCAUGGCAUUCCCAGUCACUUCCAUCUUCCACACGUUCUCACGCUCCUACAUUGAGCUAAAGCAAGAACAGGAAAGAAUCAUGUACAGGAGGGCACAGUUCUUAUUAAAAACAAAGUCUCAGAUAAGCAAUGCAUCACAAGGGAGUGAUAUUUUAUUCCCAAGUAUCUCUACUGACAAUAGGGCAAUGAAUGACAUUUAAGUUACUGUUUUUCCUCAUGUCAGGUAAUGUUUUGUUGUAUCAAAUUCCAUCUUUUACUUUGCUUCGGAAGCAUUUUACAAAGGUAACCCUCAUUUUGAAAGGAAGAAAAGGGGCCAUUAACCAGGAACGGAUGUGGUUUAAGAAGUCUCCAAUUAUGCUGUUUCUUUCCCCAACCUUCCCAGUAUUGUGCACAGGACAGGUCUUUCACUGAGGUCAUACAGUGGGAUUUUAGGGAUGAGAAGUUCUCUGACAAAAAUAACGUAUAAUUCUGUACUCGAGAGGAUGUUUUGUCUUUUGUACUGCACAUUUUUUUCCAACUGAAUCACAAUGUAUAUAAUCAUUAAGCAGGCUGUCAUUUUUCUUGUAUAUAAAUAAUGUAAAUACAACAAAAUUAAUGGCUAAAUUCUCUCCCAGUAAAAUGCCUUAGAGCAUGAUUGAAAUAACCACAGAGGUUUGUCCCACUGCACUCUUAAAGAACGUUGUCAGAUUUGUCAUUCACAGCAGCAGCCAUACGUUUCUUUGUAAGUCAGCCCUAAACAUAACAGGAGCAAAAAAGAACCGAGCUGUUUGUAUCAUAACCUUGCUGAAGAUGUAAAUACUCAGAGCUCAUCAGCUUCAAAAUUUAAAUGAAGUUACAAUAUUGAUCCUGCAUCACUGAAUGCAGGAUUCCAAGGAACGGAGUCUUUUGAGUUUUGUUGCAUUUAAUAUCAUCAAGGGGAGGCUAGCUGCAAAUCAAAUGAAAUAUGCAUGGUAAGAUGCCAGCCAUUCCCUACCAUCUGUUUCCAUGUUUUUACUUUACCUCAGAUAUGAAACAGAAUUAAAAGAGGCCUGUUUCCAGGGAACACCCUACUGUUGCUUGACGAAUCAAUAUUGCAGCUACCCAUUCACAUUCAGCAUUGGGUUCUUUAGAGGGAGCAGAAAAUAUGUGGUCGUGGGAAGUUGCCAAUGAUGAAAAAAAAGCAAAUAUCAUUUGAGUCACGGAGCGGGGGGUGCUGACAGCUUUAUCCUUCCCUGUCCUCAAUCACGAGGGACUUAAGAGUUGAUUAACUAUACCUUCACCAUUAUUAAAGACAUCAUAGAGUAAUGGAGAAAAUUUUGAAUGGGCUAUGAAAAGGCAAUUAAGGCCCUCAAGCACAACUGUGUAUUAUUUAUCCACACAGGUGGCUUGGCCCAGGUUCCCUGCUGACAUCUGGGGCAGUACCUGGGUCAGGGAAGAGCUCAGGUUUGGCACCUGCUCCUGUGCAGAUAAAUGCCAGACCUCCCAUUUGUUGUGGAGGGAAUGAGACUGGUUUGCUUAACAAUGCAGGAGACAAACUCCAGAACUUAAAAAAAAAAAAAAAAAGUAUAAAAUCCACUUGUUUGACUUCAUUUGUGCUCAGAGGCAAAGAAAAAAUAAACUUGUGAAUUUCACUUUUUUUCCCCCCCUCAUUAGCUGUUAGGAGUUAGGGAGAUUUGGAAUAGGAAGUUCCCAUCACAUUUACUAAUGCUUCUCUACCCCAGUUUGCAGAAACCCUGUUGCUUAUUGGCCUUUCUGUGGCAGGUUGCUGGGAGUGCCAGCACACAUGAUGGUUUGGUGUUUUAGAUGAAGGCCAAGGACACAAACAGCAUCCUUUCAAAAACAAAAUUUGUUCCUCAGCCCAAGAUGUUCAGUCAAGCCCUCAUUACACUGGUUUUCUUUUCAAAUAUCUUAAAUAAAAUUUGAAUGUGUUUUGCUAUACUUAUUUUUAAGGAAUAAUUUCCAAACUUUAAAAAGUGCACUCUGCAAAUAAUUAGGGCUCUAAGAAUCUUCUGUCACAGAAAAACAUGCCUGUGGAGCAGUACUAUGGAGAGCUAACACACCCAGCAUAAACUCUCAGCAAUUAAUUAUGUGCCAGAGCUAGGAAUAUAACCAGCUUUUCACUCGUUCUUCAGCUUUAAUUAGAGUUGGAUAAAAAGCAGGAACAUCGUGACAAAAAGGGACAAAUUUUCCAUCCAAAAUGCUCUUAAUUUCAAAGGUGUUUGAUCAUCUGUAGCAUUGGCUCCAAUACAAGUGCUAUACGUCCUUCUUCCUUUGUAUCAGCAUUCAUUACAGGAAGAAAUGGUAAUUAGAUUGGUCCUGUGAGCAACUGUUGCCUAUGUCAGAAUGCGUGCGACAGGCUGAGCCCUACAUUUGGAAGCAAGAAAGGAGAACUUGAGACUCACCAAAUAAAACCUAAGCUUAUCUCCCUUUUAUUCUAGCUAACAAAUCCAUCCAUUUUUUCAGUGUCUGUACACUGAGUAAUACUCAUUUAUUUCAUGUAUCACUUUAUUUCCAUCCCAGAAUUAUAACUUGAUUCUGAAGACUGUGUCCAGAAAAAAAAAAAAAAAAAGAGAUCACCCUGAAGCUGGGUGUUGGUUGAGCAAACCCGUGACUGCAUCGCUCCUGCUGGGAGCUCUGCCUGAGCCAGGAACAAAUCGCCUCGCAGGAUGUACCCCUAUAGAACCGAGUACUUGGCAGCACAUCACUUGUAAGCGUAUCAACAUGUCUCGCUCUGAGUCAUUGUAACAAACUUGCUUAUGUUUUACACAAGGUAACGCAUACUGUAGUCCUUAUGCUAAAUAAAUCCAGAUAUACGUCUUAAGAGCACAACAUUAGUAUGAAACCCACAUGCUACGUUCUAGCUUUUACUGUGAAGGCGGAACAUUUAAGGUGAUUAUGCCUCUUUAGAGUACAUUAUCUGAGAUUUUAGUCAAAUUCGUGGAAAUUAUGGAUUGAUUCAAAAAGCUGUUUCCAGUGACACAGCUGACAGCUACCAAGUCAGCUAUCACUCCUCUUUUGCAUUUUAACAGCAUGUGCAGUCAACAAGAAAGUUCCAAUAAAAAACACUGUGCUCUUA